AUGAACGAGUUGGUCCCGAAGAGUGCUGGGGAAGACGACGGAGCUGUUUCAGUGAGGAAUGAUUUGGAGGAGCAGUCGCCUCGAGAUGAGAAAAAGCGCAGGUUUGUCGCGUGGUUGAGAGUUUUGCUGAUGGUGACGGUGCCGGUUCUGGUUCUGGCGUUUGGGCUGCAGCAGCUCGUCAAGUCUCAUGGACUGGGGUCUCUGACGCAAUGUGUGUCGAGCAACUUCGCUAAGAAGUCGGAAUCGUCGAACGACGAUUCGUGGAGGUUGGAUACUAACAAAAACUACACUAUGGAUGUGGACUAUUGGCUGAGACAGACAAAGCCAAGGGAGAGACACUACUAUAUGAAUGUGACGACGUUUGUGGAAGAGAGCCCCGACGGUAUCAGGCGGAACUUGACAGUGGUUAACGGCCAGUAUCCGGGACCUCUCCUGGAAGCGAACGCUGGAGAUACUUUGUUCAUUCAUGUGGACAACCAGAUGGAGCACGAGCCCGUGACGAUCCACUGCCAUGGCCUUUUCUUCAACAAUAACAACAGUUUCCACGACGGUGCUGCGUACAUCAACCAGUGCCCGAUCCCGCCAAAGGCAAACUACACGUACAAGAUCGAACUCGACGACAGACAGUAUGGCACGUAUUGGUACCAUUCGCAUUUUGGAGCGCAAUAUGCAGACGGCUUGUUUGGGCCGCUGGUGAUCCACUCUAGUGAGGAAUACAGGGCGAUGAAUUCGUCGUACGAUAAAGACAUCGUUGUUCUGGUGAACGAUUACUACCACGACAUGGCUUCCAAUUACCUACCGGACUACCUGGGACCCGCUAAUGAGAACACCGAGCCAGACCCGGAUAACGGCUUGAUUCAGGGUCAGAACAGAUUUGACUACGUGGCAUCGACGUAUCUGGUCCCCAAUGGCGGGAACAGCUCGGAUGUCUCCUACGCGCCAGUUAAUGUAUCAGUGAUCGACCUGGAUCCAAACUCCACUUACAGACUGCGAUUGAUCAACGCUGGAUUUUUCCUGACGUUUGAGUUUGAGAUCGAUUCGCAUGACCUGGAAAUCGUGGAGGCCGACGGUACGUUAGUGACGCCGAUCACCGUGGAUUCGCUGGCAGUUUCGCUGGCUGAGCGGUACUCGUUUAUUCUAAAGCCCCGCGAUGACAAGAAAGAUCUGAAAAAUUACUGGAUGCAGGCCAGAUUUAACCAGUUCUGUGCUAAAGUGGAAAAUACAAACUUCAACCCAGACGUACGAGCCAUUGUAUCAUACUCUAAGCAUGAGGACCCAUCAGACUUGCAAGUUCCUGAUUCCCGAUGGCAAUACGGCGGCGGGGACGUCGUUUGUAAUGAAUUCGAUCAGAGCCUGCUACACACCGCAAAUGUGACUUCUGUACCUCGUACUGCUAACGGCUCAACACUCCCCGAUGUCAGGUUUGACGUGGACGUGUCGUUUUUGAUCAAAGCGAAUCAACUGACUCGCGGAUAUCUGAACGAUCAGACUUUCGAAAACUAUAAGAAUGGCUCUACGAUGUACCAACUGGCGUUUGCGGCAGAUAACAACACCAUAAAGAAUCUCGACGUUAAGGAUCUGUUGACCAACAAUGAUCACCAAUAUAUGCUCAACAUAAAUGAAAGAGGAACUAUCGUCGACAUCGUGAUCAAUAAUUAUGACGACGGCAAUCACCCAUUCCACCUUCACGGCCACAAGUUUUGGGUACUGGCUAUCGGCAAGACAGGAUUUUUCGACCAAAAGUACUACACGGAUGAUUCAGGUGUGAUGAAUUUCGAGAACCCAGUGCUGCGUGACACAGUUAAUAUUCCCGGCUUUGGCUGGGGUGUGCUGCGUUUCGUCGCCGACAGUCCUGGUGUUUGGCCAUUUCAUUGCCACAUCGGCUGGCAUAUGGAGAGCGGAUUAAUGAUGCAGUUUAAUAUUUUGCAAGACGAAUACAGCAAUUGGGAUAAUUACCCCCUGAAAUGGUAUCAACAAUGUCAAUACUGGCAGAACCAAUUGUGA